UUCCAUUUUCUCCUAAAAAUAACUGGGUAGCAGGCAGAUCUCGUCGGCAUCUUGUUUCAGUCCGGCAGUUGUAUAGAUCGACCGAGUAGAAAACUGGAAGAGGAAGACGAUGGCGACUAUGAAGUUGGGCUCUAAGCCAGAAAUCUUUGUUCUGGAAGGCCUCACAUGGAGAUGCAUGACGGAGCUGGAGAGCGAUGUUGUCGUCGAGGUAGGAGAAAUGUCGUUCUACCUCCACAAGUUCCCGUUGCUGAGCCGGAGCGGCGUGCUGCAGCGGAUGAUCAGCGAGUACCAGGCGCCGGAGGAGGGCGGCGGCAUGUGCACGCUGCAGCUGGACGACAUCCCGGGGGGCGCCAAGGCGUUCGAGCUGGCGGCGAGGUUCUGCUACGACGUCAAGAUCGAGCUGAACGCGCUCAACGUGGUGUGCCUCCGGUGCGCCGCCGAGUACCUGCGGAUGACGGACGACUACGCCGAGGGCAACCUCAUCACGCAGGCGGAGUCGUUCCUCGCCGACGUGCUCGCCAACUGGAAGGACUCCAUCAAGGCGCUCGAGACGUGCGAGGGCGUGCUCCCCACCGCCGAGGACCUCCACAUCGUGUCGCGCUGCAUCACCGCGCUCGCCUCCAAGGCCUGCGCCUCCGACGCCGCCGCCGCCAAGAGCGCCAGCCACGACGCGCUGUGGAACGGCAUCGGCUCGGGGGGCACGCCGCGCGGGGCCGGGGCGGCGGCGUGCUCCGGGAUGGACUGGUGGUACGAGGACGUGUCGUUCCUGAGCCUGCCCAUGUUCAAGCGGCUGAUCCAGACGAUGGAGGGGAAGGGGAUGCGCGCCGAGAGCAUCGCCGGCGCGAUCAUGUUCUACGCUGGGCGGUUCCUGCCGGGCCUGAAGCGGAACACCAGCUUCAGCAACGCUAGCUUCGGCGGCGACUGCGGCGCCGGCAGCCGCAGCAUCACGCCGCGCGCCGCCAACGUGUCGGCGCCGUCCGAGGGCGACCAGAGGUACUUCCUGGAGGAGAUCGUGGCGCUGCUGCCAGCGAAGAAGGGCGUCGCGUCCACCAGGUUCCUGCUCGGGAUGCUCCGCACGGCGAUGCUCCUCCACGCCAGCCCGCUGUGCCGGGAGAACCUGGAGCGGCGGAUCGGUGCGCAGCUGGAGGACGCCUGCCUCGACGACCUGCUCGUCCCCAACCUCGGAUACACCGUCGAGACGCUGUACGACAUCGACUGCGUGCAGAGGAUCCUGGACUACUUCAUGUCGUCUACGGACGGGCUCGGGACAGGGUACACAUCGCCGGCGGUGGCGGAGGAGAGCAGCCAUCUGGGGGCACCCAACGCCGGGAGCCCCUCGUCGCUGUCGCCGAUCACCAUGGUGGCCAAGCUCAUGGACGGGUACCUCGCCGAGGUGGCGCCCGACACCAACCUCAAGCUGCCCAAGUUCCAGGCGCUCGCCGCCGUGGUACCGGACUACGCGCGCCCGGUCGACGACGGCAUCUACCGCGCCAUGGACAUAUACCUCAAGUCGCAUCCGUGGCUGUCGGAGUCGGAGAGGGAGCAGCUGUGCCGACUGAUGAACUGCCAGAAGCUGUCGCUGGAGGCGUGCACGCACGCGGCGCAGAACGAGCGCCUGCCGCUGCGGGUGGUGGUGCAGGUGCUCUUCUUCGAGCAGCUCCGCCUCCGCACGUCCAUCGCCGGCUGGUUCUUCGUGUCCGGCAACGCGGCGGCCGGCGGCGACGGCGCGCAGCCGCACCCGGGGGGCAACGCCAUCGUGCCCAAGGGCGCGGCGGCGGCGGCGGCGGCCGGCCAGUCCGAAGCCGACGCGGACGCGGACGAGGGGAAGGGGAAGGACCCCCCCGCCGAGGCCAUCACCGACGUGAAGGCGAGGGUGUCGGAGCUGGAGAAGGAGUGCCAGAGCAUGAAGCAGGAGAUCCGGCGGCUGGGGAGGCCGAGGAGGUCGUGGAGACUCCUCACCCGGAAGUGCGGGUUCGGGACCAAGGUGCAGCAAGCGCAGCCCGCCAUGAGCGGCAAAUAGGAGGCGCCUCAGGCCUACCGCGAAGUAUUCAAAUCUCAAAGCGUAUUCCGGCUAGAAUUUUGCUCCUUGUUUACAAAGUAGUACUAUGUUAAUCUUGAGAUCUACACUAGACUAUGUUAGUCUUUGGGCCUUUGCUGUCUAGUUUUUGAAAUGCAAUAAGAUGUUCAUGCUUCUCAUAGCUAGGAUAAUAAGCUAGUUUUGGCUUUGAAUGGAGUCGUUCAAUGCGUAUGUGAUUUCUGAUGUGCUUUUCAAGAACCUUUAACACAGUCAUGUGAUGUGUAUUGUUGAUGUAUUUUUCAGGGAUUUGUUCUUUACAUAUAUAGCAAAUAAAAUGAUAAAUAGUUAGUUCAAACCAACCGAUU